AUAUAAUUUGGUGACUCAUAUUUGUUGGCAUUUGUGGAAGCUAAUGUCUAUAAGUCACUCCCUUCAAACACCAAAACACACACACACACACCUUAGCUGGGGUUCGGGGGAUAAUGGCAUUGAAAGCAAGUGUUGUGAUGAUAUUCAUUGGAAUGAUGCUUCUUCUACAUAUCCCAAACAACCAUGCAAAAUUGAUGUUCUCACCGUCUCCGGCACCUCAACCACAAUCGCCAGGAAACUUUACCAUGUAUGGGGCCACUCCAGGCAGCCUUCAACCUCAAGAAUGUGCACCAAGAUGCACGAGUAGGUGCUCGAAAACCGCUUUCAAGAAGCCAUGCAUGUUCUUUUGCCAGAAGUGUUGUGCCACAUGCUUGUGCGUACCUCCAGGGACCUAUGGGAACAAACAAUUAUGUCCAUGUUACAAUGACUGGAAGACCAAAAGAGGAGGCCCUAAAUGCCCUUGAUUUAUCUUUUUUUCUAAUUUCUUACCAUAACUCCAUCAUGUUCUAAUAUUGAUGACAUUAUGUCAUGGUAGUUACUAUUGGGCCUCUUUGGCAUAAAUAAAAUAGUUUAUUGUAAUUUAAGGUUUGCUAGACCAUAAAAGUAGCUUAUCGUAACUUCUAAAGUAUUUUAUAAGGUAGCUUGAGAUAAAUAUAAUCUAGUGCAUC